AUUCUGACGUUGACCUCACGCGGUCACACUGUACACAUCCCUAUAGGUCUCGGCAGAAACAUAUAGAUUUUUUUUAUUAAACACUCACUCAAUUAAACAAUAAAAACGACGCCGAAUUAGUUACGUUUUUUAUUGCUGUAACGUAGAAUAAGACGCAUCUAUUUGAUUUGCAACGUGUACGUGGUUAGGCAAAGCACACAAGCAAGCCAAAAGUGAAAGUCCCCAGAAAAAGUACAAAAAGAGAGAUAGAGCGACAGUGAGUGAGAGAGAAAGAGAAAGACAGAGAGAGCGAGAGCAAGCGAGCGAACGGUGAAAAAGAGUCAGAGUCAGAGUCUGGGUGAGAGAAAAACGAUUUUUUCAGAGAACAACGCGUAUUUUCAUAUUUUUGCUGUGGACAACAACAGGGGAAACGAAACGUGUACACGUGUGUGUGUGUGUGUGCGUGCGUGAGUGUGUGUGUGAGAGUGUGCAAGUUGUGAACUGCCGAAAAUAAUUCGAAAAGAAGCAGAAGCGAAAACCCAAAAGCCAGAAACAGCAAACGCAACGCGGCGCCAACAACAAGAGCAGCAGCAGCGAUAACAAACGAACACAAAAAAAGAAAAGUAAAGGAAAACAGCAACAAAAUCACCAACAUAACAACACCAACAACAAGCGAGAGAGAAAGAGAGAGAGAGAGAAGACAGCCCGCUGCCGAAGACCGUCAAAAUUGUGAGCCACAGCAGCAGCGAGCAGAGACCACCUUACAGCACCAGCACCUGCACCUUAUUAGCUGCCACCACGCUCCACAAACAGCCAGCGAUAAUGUUCGUCAAUUCGAUGACGUUCCGCGGUAAUCCGGCGAACUAUCAUCAACAGCAGCCGGCACUGAAUCAUCAUACGCUGGCCGCCGCCGCUGCCCAUCAUCAGCAGCAGCUGCAUCAUCAUGCCGCCGCCACCGGCCAUCUCAGUCAUGGCGUUGGCGGCGGCCAUGCGGCCAGCAAUCAUUUGGCUGCUGCCGCCGUGCUGGGUCGCCAUGGUCAUAAUUCACUGAAUGCCGCUGGGCACACAUCGACCUCGUCGCAUUCGAGCGCUGGCGGCGCUCUGGCAAGUGGCAGCAGCGGUGGCAGCAGCAAUAGUUCACCGGACAGCGGCAAGAUCUACAUCAAGAACUUGGAGCGUUCGAUUGAUAAUAAGGCCGUGUACGAGACCUUCUCGGUGUUCGGCAACAUUCUCAACUGCAACGUGGCCAAGGAUGAGGAAGGCAACUCGCGUGGCUAUGGCUUUGUCCACUUCGAUUCCGAGGAGGCAGCUCGGGCGGCCAUCGAGAAGGUCAACGGCAUGCUAUGCAAUAAUCAGAAGGUACAUGUGGUCAAGUUUAUACCGCGACGGGAUCGGGAGCAGGAGAAGGCCACCCACUUCAAGAAUCUGUACGUGAAGAAUCUCAGCGAGGAGUUCACCGAACAGCAUUUGCGUGAGAUGUUCGAACCCUAUGGCCGCAUCACCAGUCACAAGCUGAUGCUGGAUGAGGAGGGACGUUCGCGACGCUUCGGAUUUGUGGCAUUCGAGAAUCCACAAUCGGCGCUGGCAGCCGUUAUCGGUCUGCAUGGCAAGCAACUGGGCGACAACAAGUUCUUGUACGUUGCACGGGCGCUCAGCAAGAACGAGCGGCAGCAGGAGAUUAAUCGCAAGCUGGAGGAGCGUAAGCGUCAAAAGGCCGGCCAAAUAUUCUACUACUAAAUUCGGCAAAUAAAUAAAUAUUUGGUGGAUGGCAGACAAAGCAGGCAGCAGAAAGGAUCGGAUCUAUCGCCAAUAAUGCGAGCGAUGCGAAAGUAAAAAAUUAAACAAAACAAAACAAAACAAAAAUACAGUCUAUUUAGAGACCCCAAAAAAUACAAACACACAUACAACAUACAAACACCCAGAAGCUUAUGCCUAUAUAUACUAUAUGUAUAUAUAGUUAUGAACAAGAUAAUAUUAAUAUUGUGCAACAAACAGAACGAUUUCAGACAGCAAAAUGCAAGCACAGAAGAGACAUGCAUACUUGCGAUCUGCAACCGUAGCACCAUCAAAAAAUAAGGAAAGCAAUUCAAAAAACACACACAUAACCAUAGACACACCUCCCCCCACAACUCACACAGACAGCCAAGGAUAAAGAUUUCGAAAGAGAACAUUUAAAAAUUAUAAUGAAAUCUAUAAGAAAA